GUCAACAACAUCUGCAGGAGCUGUGGCUAUGGGUACAAAUUUCUAUAAUACUAAACUGUAAUGAGAAAAGUGAGAGAGAGAUGAGUUGAAAAAUAGUGUGGUAGCCUGCACAGUUUGCUUCCUGUUUGAGCGCUACAAGAACACAUUGAGGCGUACGCAAAGAUAUUCUCCAAGGAGAGAAAAGAACGAUUACUCGUAAGACAAUGGACAAAGGAUUACUUCCCGUUGGGUCACGGAUAUAGUUUAACGUUUUGCAUCGAAUUUUCAUUCAAAAAUUGUAUUAAUAUUAUUAAUAUAUUAUUAUAAUAUAUAUUGUUAUGAAUUAAAUUUUAUUGUUGACAGUGACGUCAGAAUGUUUACCCUUUCCCCAAAUUUGACGUGGCCGGCGUCUGCGUGCUGCUUUGGUCUAACAGCUAGAUCUACCUUCUGUUGACUCUAGAUCCUUCUAGUAGCUGUGCGUAGAGGAUGUGACUGCCUUGCAACCAGAAUGUUCGGUGCGAGAGAGCGCAUGCGUGAACAUGAACUGUUUUCUGUACUUGUCUUCAGAUUCUGUAUAGAGGCAGAGAGGUAGAGAGUGCAAUGACUAAUCGUGAUGUUGCUGCAGGAGUCGCGCCAGUGUGUGUGUGGAUUGCUACUCUUCUGUGUCAAGCAUGUCGCCUUUAUAAAGUGUGACUGCUGGUUGUGAGAUCGAAGAUCAUCGCAUUCACAAACUCUAAGGAAGUCCGGGUUCCGCGACUUAACGCGUACGACAGCACUUGCCAACCUGCCUACCACCCGAACUUCGCUCGGCAACUGAUCGGGUGGGUGCCAAGUGACCCGACCGUGGCUUCCUGCAGGUGGACAAAAGUAUAGCAAUGUACAGGUCUGGCAAGAAUCAAGUCGUCGACUGACAGUAAAACACCCGACGUCAGAAAAAUUAUCUUCAGUUUGAGGAUUUCUUCGGACGACUGAAGGUUACUAGAUCGACACAAUGACUGCAGAUACCCAGCAAAAGUACCUAAACACAUAAAACACCCGAAAGUGAGCUGCUCCUGUCGCCACUUUCAGCAGCAGUUCCGGUAACAUAAAAUCUUUGACUUCUGCGCCGUCCCAACAGAAAGUCGCUGAAGAAGGACGAAUGAAGGGCUGGGAGAAAUAAACCGACGUUACACUGUUGCAAGAGUUUGCCUAGCUGUUCAUGUCGGUCGAGUAGCCUUAUCACCACAACAUCGCACUGGUGAGCCUGGCACGUUCUGUCUGCUGACCAGGCCACGGAGAUGAUGGAGCCGCUGCAGCUGCCGCCUGCCAAGCGACUGGUGAAGACGGCGCUGCACCAGGCCGUGCUGGACGGACGCCUGCACCAGGUGCGCCUUCUGGUGGCCAAACAUGGCGUCCGGGUAGACCCAAAGGACAUGCAUGGCCGCACACCGCUCAUGCUGGCCUGCAUGUUGGACAACGAGGAGCGCGCUCUCAAGAUGGCGGCCAUAUUGCUCAAGGCAGGAGCGUACCUGAGUGCGCGGGACUCUCUGGGCCGCACCGCCCUCAGCUAUGCCUCCCUGAACAGACACAAAGCGAUCGUCAGCAGCAUCCUGAAGGAAGACAUCUUGGACGUCAAUGAACCUGACAACGACGGGAACACUCCCCUGCAUCACGCAGCCAUCAGUGGCAGCCCUGCCAUAGUGAGAAUGCUGGUGGAGACGUUUAACAAAUUCGGGCUCAGCACAGACAAUCGCAACAAACUGGGUUACACACCUCUGUUGCUGGCAUGUAAGAACGGAAAUUAUGUCUCGGCAUACACACUUCUGACCCUGACAAAAUCCUUGCCUGCUCUCAGAGACAACGAGUUCCGCAUGAGCGCCAGGGAAUGGAUACAGAAAUCGUAUCACCGUAAGAAACACUUUGUCGAGCGGAGUCUUGUGUCGUCAGCUCCUACGUCACUUCCUCCGCCUCACACGCUGUCGUUCUCGCGCGAAUACACGAUGUACCAACCGUGCGUGACGCCGCCAUGUCAGCAUCCCGUCACACCCAGAGCCACACAGCUGUGCCGCACAGCGAGACCGACCCUCAAACCUCUCGGACCUUCGACGGAUUCAUCGACAGACGAGGAGAAGGGCCUGCCAGAGGUCUUCAUCGAGAAGUCGAACGCUCGCCAGAUGCUGCUGGAGCUGAUCGACGAGUUGGAGAGUAAGCAGAGCCAGGUAACCGGAAAGACAUCCAGGGGGCGCUUGUCUCAUCCCCCUACCCCCAAACUACUGGCUCUGUCCAGACGGGGAAAACGUGGAGUACCCCACGACGUGGUCAGCCUCUUCAAAAUCUACUCGGAUCAGUACUACCCCGACGACUGGCGUUCGCCCAAGAGUAACGCGCAUCUCGCUCGAGAAGAGUGGUUGCUGCCGCAGAACGGACCUGCCGCUAAUAAAGUGGACAAAGACCUACACACCACGGAUGCACUUUGAAAUGAUACCUUGAAGCUUCACUGGCAAUGCCCUGUAGCUCUGUCUGCUUUGCUUGUUUUGUGUGUCUUGCACGUAAGGCUUCAUCCUGCUUUUGCUUGGGAUGUGUAAUUUUGAGUCGUAAUUAAAACAUAGACCACAAAUAACUUACAUUCUGCACACAAUGGCCGCUGAUGAAGAAGAUGCUGGACUGUGUGGAUCAAGGCACUUAAAUUGUUUGACAAUGAGAUGACUUUCACGAAUAUUUGUUAUCUCAUUUUUGAAUGUUGCUCAUAUAUAUAUAACGUAAAAUAUUUAUGUUACCUUCUUUUACGACGUACAUAGCAUUGCGUGUUCAGCUGUGACAUAACCAAAGAUUUCAAUCAAGAGUUGGGAGAAUGUAAAAAGGUGGAAGCAUCAAACUUUUCCCUUUCCUUCGGAGCGGUGACGGAAAAACUCUUCGUGACUACGGAGCAGUAUCUGGUGCGGGAUUUAUUGUGGAAGCGAUGGACUUCACCUUCCGCGUGAUGUACAUCAGAUACCAAACCACCUUCAGUUGACUCUACAGAUUCUACCAAAGAAACCUUUUUAAAAUGGUUAUGUCAUUGCUGCUUUUGCGUCAGGGAGCAUGAGUUUUAUUUUAAGAAUGGAAAUAAAAAUCACUGUUCUAUUACCUUUACAAUUCUCAUGUGUGUGUGUGUGUGCGUAUGUGUGGGUGGAUGAGAGAGAGUAAACGUGCUUGUGUGCAUCUGUAAGCUUAUGUGUUUAAAACAUCAAGAUUCUGGACAUAAAUAAAAUCACCAUGGAGGAAGG